GGCCUUUCCUCAACCCCUCUCACCAACAGUUGUGAACAUGUUUUCUAGAAGCUUCCAAAGGGUAGCUUCGAGAAACCACCCCUAAAGUAUAAAAAGACGUGAGCAUGGCCUGGUCGUCUGCAUAGAGUCAAAGGACACUCGCGCGAACACACAUCAAGACAGACUUGACUCCUCACAGGAGCAGCAGCGAAGCACAGACUUGAAAUUCUUUGAGAAGAAAAGACAAGAAAAGCGGUCUGUUUGUCGAUUCACUUGAAGAAAAGAACCAACGAUUUUAAUCAAGAUGCCUGAGAAAGCUGGACAUGUCAUGGAGGAGGAAGUGGAGACCUUUGCCUUCCAGGCUGAGAUCGCUCAGCUCAUGUCCCUCAUUAUUAACACCUUCUACUCAAACAAAGAAAUCUUCCUUCGUGAGCUCAUCUCCAACUCCUCAGAUGCCUUGGAUAAAAUUAGAUAUGAAAGCUUGACAGACCCCAGCAGACUUGAGUCUUGCAAAGAGCUGAAGAUUGAAAUCCGGCCUGACCUGCAUGCUCGCACCUUGACCUUGAUUGACACGGGCAUCGGCAUGACCAAAGCCGACCUAAUUAACAACCUGGGCACCAUCGCCAAGUCCGGCACCAAAGCUUUCAUGGAGGCUCUACAGGCAGGAGCUGACAUCUCCAUGAUUGGUCAGUUCGGUGUGGGUUUCUACUCUGCGUACCUGGUCGCUGAGAAGGUCAUAGUCAUCACCAAGCACAAUGAUGACGAGCAGUACGUGUGGGAGUCUGCAGCUGGUGGUUCAUUUACAGUCCGGCCUGACAAUGGAGAGCCCCUGGGAAGAGGAACAAAAGUUAUUCUUCACCUCAAAGAAGAUCAGACAGAAUACUGUGAGGAAAAACGCAUCAAAGAAGUAGUCAAGAAACACUCACAGUUCAUUGGCUAUCCUAUUACACUUUUUGUGGAGAAGACAAGAGAGAAGGAAGUGGACCUUGACGAGGGAGAGAAGGAAGAGGAAGUUGAGAAAGAUGCUGCAGAGAACAAGGACAAACCAAAGAUUGAGGAUGUAGGCUCCGAUGAAGAUGAAGACUCCAAGGAUGGCCAGAACAAGAGGAAGAAGAAGGUCAAGGAAAAGUACAUUGAUGCUCAAGAGCUGAACAAGACCAAGCCUAUCUGGACCCGCAACCCAGAUGACAUCACCAAUGAAGAGUACGGAGAGUUUUACAAGAGUCUCACCAACGACUGGGAGGACCACCUGGCUGUCAAGCAUUUCUCAGUGGAAGGUCAGUUGGAGUUCCGUGCUUUGCUCUUUGUACCAAGGAGAGCUGCCUUUGACCUUUUUGAAAACAAGAGAAAGAGAAACAACAUCAAGCUUUAUGUCCGGAGGGUCUUCAUCAUGGACAACUGUGAGGAGCUGAUACCAGAGUAUCUCAAUUUCAUCAAGGGUGUUGUGGACUCUGAGGAUCUGCCCCUGAACAUCUCUAGAGAGAUGCUGCAACAGAGCAAGAUCCUGAAGGUGAUCCGCAAGAAUCUAGUCAAGAAGUGCUUGGAACUGUUCACAGAACUGUCUGAAGAUAAGGACAACUACAAGAAGUUCUACGAACAGUUUUCCAAGAACAUUAAGCUUGGUAUCCACGAGGACUCCCAAAAUAGAAAGAAGCUGUCCGAUUUGCUGCGCUUCUACACCUCAGCCUCUGGAGAUGAGAUGGUUUCCGUCAAAGACUAUGUGUCUCGUAUGAAGGACAACCAGAAGCACAUCUACUACAUUACUGGUGAAACCAAAGAUCAAGUGGCCAACUCUGCCUUUGUGGAGCGUCUUCGCAAAGCUGGCCUAGAGGUCAUCUAUAUGAUUGAACCUAUUGAUGAGUACUGUGUCCAGCAGCUGAAGGAAUAUGAUGGAAAGACCCUGGUCUCUGUGACCAAAGAAGGCCUGGAACUUCCAGAAGAUGAAGAUGAGAAGAAGAAGCACGAGGAGCUCAAAAAUAAAUUUGAGAAUCUUUGCAAGAUUAUGAAGGAUAUCCUUGACAAAAAAAUUGAAAAGGUUGUAGUUUCCAACCGCUUGGUUGCCUCUCCCUGCUGCAUCGUCACCAGCACCUAUGGCUGGACAGCCAACAUGGAGAGGAUCAUGAAGUCUCAGGCCCUGAGGGACAACUCAACCAUGGGUUACAUGACAGCCAAGAAACACCUUGAGAUUAACCCUUUGCAUCCAAUCAUUGAGACACUGAGGGAGAAGGCAGAGGCAGACAAGAAUGACAAGGCUGUGAAGGAUCUGGUCAUCCUCCUAUUUGAGACCGCCCUGCUAUCCUCAGGUUUUACACUGGAAGAUCCCCAAACUCAUGCAAAUCGCAUCUACAGGAUGAUCAAACUUGGUCUUGGAAUUGAUGAUGAUGACUCAGCAGUUGAAGACCUCAUUCAGCCAGCUGAUGAAGACAUGCCAGUCCUAGAAGGAGAUGAUGACACAUCAAGAAUGGAAGAAGUUGACUAAAAUAUUGUUCUUACCUAGUUUUUAUUUUUGUAAGUGCUAUUGCUGUCUAAAAUGACUUUUUCCUUUACCUCAACUUUAUUUUUGAAAAGUGUCAACUUGACAAGUUUGUUUUUAGCAAUGCAGACCAUAAUGUGUUUUAAUCCUCAUUACAAUAUAUUUAUUUAGACCUUUUGAGAACAUAAGAGUAGAGUCAAUAGGUAUUGACUUAUUCCUCUUUUUGUAACUAUUACAUUUUAUAUGUAAAGCUUUAAAAUUUAUAAUAAAAUGAAUAUGUAAAUAAA